UGCUAUUUCCACCGUCAGCCAUCGGCCAGGUGCUUUUUGAGCCUUUGGGAAGUAAUGUAGGCACGAGGGGUAGACUUGCUCAAAACCACCCUACCUCAACAGAGGCCCUGACUGAUUCUUUGAUAUCACAGUGUAAGAUAUGAACCAUUUCAGCCUCAGCCCGAUGUCUGCCCCUGACCUUGAUAUACGCUCUGCAGCAGAAGUAUACUCUACAUUACCCGCAGUCGAAGCUGUUGGAUCACAUUGAUUCUUCUAUGGCCCUUUCAAUCAACGUCUCUUAUGAUGAAGAACAACCAUUCACACCUGGAUCUCUGGUUCCGGGCGUUAUCAGGUUCACAGCUUACGAAGACUGGGUCGUUGAAUCCCUGACUGUCAACUUCAAAGGCCUUGCCAAAGUCUUUCUAAACCAAUACUAUGGUGAUCUGGUGGGAUCCAGAACAGAUUAUACUUCUCAGAGUUACCUCUUCAGUCGGCAUUUGAAUCUACACAGUGGUGAAUGUGUACAACGUAAGGGGACCUACGACUGGCCCUUCGCUUUUCGAAUUCCACUGUUUGCAGCUCCUCGAGCCGUGCCGCCAGGAUCGAGAGACUCAUUCUAUCCACAGGAACCAUGGAAAGGUGAUAUGGCACUAGUUGCCCAUCCUCUGCCCCCGAGUAUGAGAAGGACUGGCAAAUUUGUUUGUACUGUACAAUAUGGCCUUGAAGCAGCAAUCCUGCAUCGGUCUCCCGCUACCAAUGGCUCAAAGAGCAAGUGCGAGAAAAUGCAAGCAACUCGGUCGAUAACUGUUCAGAGCCUCGAUAUGGGUUCCUGCAGAGAUCCUGGGAAUGACUGGCCAUACACCAUUCAGCGCUAUACAAUGCUCUGCGACCUUGCAGACGCUUCACGCGGGCCGGUUCGCCGCCUGCUUUCGAUUUUUCCCAGAGAUGGUGGACACCGUCGAUCCGAGGCAAAACUUUGCUUUUCAGUCUUGUUGCCGAAGAAGCUCGAAAUCAAAGCACAGCAAGCACUAUCCGUCCCGGUCUCCUGUACAAUGGACCGUACUACAUCGACCCAAGAGUUGGGGCCGUCUAGAGUGGGAGAAUAUGGAGACCUCGCGGUGAGUUCCUUCAAGAUCUCACUGGUGCAGCGCAUGCAAGUGCGAGCAGGAUCGCACACGGACUCGUCAGUCAAACGCAUUUUUACUCGGAAAGGGUGUUGCAAAGUGCCUAUAUCAGUGAAGUCAUCAGCAUCUCAGAAGGAGACAAAUACUCUGGCCUCAACUGUCAACCUAUGCGAUACGACAGACCUGUCUGUUCCGGCUGAACUGCUGGCUGCUGAUUUCUCAACUUACAAUAUUGCUCGAUCCCACAGCCUUGAUGUAUUCUUUUGCAUAAAGCACCAAUGGAAGAAGCACAGGUUUGCUCUGCGGGACGUCCCUAUUCGAGUUGUACCAGAGUCUGGAAGACAGCUUGAGAUGCGCCUGAGUGAAGGCUUGGAGGAAGAUGAUGAACAAGGUUGCCACCUAGCCGGGAUUCAGUGGCAAGACUAUCAGUUGUAUACCAGCGGAACACGGAGUUAUGGGGGGGAUUCCUUUCAAGCUAUUGUUGAAGACUAUGAUGGCAAUGACGACUUGGCUCCUGAGACCCCACCACCUACAUACAGCCCAUAGUCCCUAUUCCAAAAUGAAUUAUAGGUAUCAUUCUUCUAGCGGUCGUCAUGAACAGCAGGGGAGGCGGUGAUAGGGGCGCCAUACGCAAUACCAACUUGGAACAAUGUAAUAUUCUCAAGUCUUCAUUG